CUGAGCCGCUUUCCAUUCACGUCGAGCCACAGGCAAGGACUUCUAUCUUUUCUCAUCAUCACAGUAUAUUGCGAUACAUUGAUUCCAUAUGCUCAGUACGACGAGGACUGGGGUUAUGUCGAUAUACGAACUGGAGCUCAUACAUUCUGGUGGCUCUACGCCGUCAAACCAGCCAACGGUCGACCGCUGAUUUUAUGGCUGCAGGGAGGACCAGGAUCAUCCAGCACGGGUUUUGGCAAUUUUGAAGAAACAGGACCAAAAAUGAUUAACUCAACGGACAAUAUGGCCACAUGGCUCCAAGUUGCUGAUUUGGUUUAUGUGGACAAUCCAGUGGGAGCUGGCUUCUCCUAUGUCGACGAAGAAUCGGCGCUGACAACAGAUGUUGCCCAAAUUGGGCAAGAUUUGUUGGCAUGGCUGCGUUACUUCCUCGUUCUGCACUCUGAAUACCGUACCAGACCGUUUUUCAUAUUUUGCGAAAGCUACGGUGGAAAAAUGAGCGCCGAAUUUGCUCGAGUUAUUACUCAGGAGGUUGCUGCUGGUACCAUUCGGCUAGAUUUUCGCGGAGUAGCACUCGGUGAUUCAUGGAUUUCGGCUAUGGAUUACGUGAACACGUGGGGCGAAUAUCUCUACGCGAAUGCUUUGUCUUGA